AUGCAAGAGUUCUCCCAAGGAUUGAAAUGGGCACAGCCAGAACCCACAUCUCCCGAGUACGAAUACAUAAUCGUCGGCUCCGGUGCAGGCGGGGGACCCUUAGCAGCUAACCUCGCUCGACUCGGUCGGAUCGUGCUCCUCCUCGAGGCGGGCGAUGAUCAAGGAGAUAAUCUAACUGCAAGUGUGCCGGCAUUCCAUGCCUUUGCCACGGAAGACGCGGCCCUCCGAUGGGACUUUUUCGUUAAGCACUAUGACGACGACGAACAGGCCGUCAAGGAUCCGAAGAUGACGUGGGAAACGCCCGAUGGGAGCGUCUAUAUUGGCCUGCAUCCUCCAUCUGGAUCGCAGCAGAAGGGUAUCUAUUACCCCCGGGCUGGAACGUUAGGUGGCUGUACCAUGCAUAAUGCGCUGGUGGCCGUCUUGCCGCCGGAUGCCGACUGGGAGUAUAUUGCCCAGAUCACGAACGAUCAGUCAUGGAACCCGCAAGCGAUGAGACGGUAUUGGGAACGGCUUGAGAGGUGCCAAUAUCUCCCCGACGGGACCGCGGGCCACGGCUUUUCAGGCUGGUUGGAGACGGAGCAUACCGAUCCAGAGAUGUUAACAUCCCAGGAACCGUUUAUCAAGGCUGCCAUGAAGGUUGUAUCUGCGCACGGGCCUGGGGAUAGUCAAACCGAGAUAUAUGACGAUAUAAACAGUCUGCAUCCCAAGAGCUUGACCGGAGUGUACAAGAUCCCCUUGUCGAUGAGUAAACGAGGUAGACGCAGCAGUCCUCGAGACUACCUCGUUGCCACGGCCAGUGCGAGAAAAGAAGACGGAUCGAAGAAGUACCACCUCCAUAUCCGCACGAAAUCUCUCGUAACCAGGGUUCUCUUUAGUGAAAGUGCCGAAAAGCCACGGGCCGUCGGCGUGGAGUUUUUGGAAGGCAAGAGUCUCUACAAAGCGGACCCAAGGUAUAUUGAGCAUCGACGUCCCCCCAUGCAUCGGGUGUAUGCGUCGAGGGAAGUGAUCCUAGCCGGAGGAGUUUUUAACACACCGCAGCUUCUCAAACUGAGUGGGAUCGGUCCGAAGGAGGAGAUUGAAUAUUUUGGGAUUCCACCCGUGAUGGAUCUUCCCGGUGUUGGAACCAAUCUCCAGGAUAACUAUGAAUACGCCGUGAUUAUCCAGUCAGACAAGGUCAUCUCUGCGUAUAGGAAAUCGCUGCUUGGCUACGCCGGGGACGCAUUGUUGGAGCAAUGGGUCUCCGAAGGUACUGGGCCAUACAAGGCUAACGGCGACUCGAUUGGGGAUGAGGAUGAAGUCCGAGGUCAGCGAGAAUGGCGAGCUGGAUAUCUUCAUCUUCGCAGGGACCAAGGCCUUCUCCGGCUUUUUUCCAGCCUGGUCGAGGUCAUUUUCGGCCUCGAUCAACAGGUUCUGUUGGAAUAUACUCAAGGUGCAUCCUCGCAACUCCACCGCCGGGACGGUGAAGUUGCGCUCUGCGAAUCCUCAAGACAUGCCGGAGAUAAAUUUCCGAUAUUUCGACGGACGCCAUGA